AUGUUCUUCAUUGGCCUGCCCAACCCGCUUCACCUCCUGCCAUCCGCCUACUACCCGGCCACAUGCGCUCUGGAGUAUCAACUUGAAGCUUUGAAGUUGCAAGCUGCGGCGACAGCUUAUCUACUGCCUCAAACCCCUGAAUAUUUCCGCUAUCGUGCCAACAAUGAAGUUCAAAGAAAGCACGAACAACUGGCCUCAUCAACCCAACUAUCCGCUCCGACUUUGCCGACUCGGCUUCGUCGUGAGCCGAAAAUCCAGGUGGAACGAGUCAUGGAAAAGCAGGCACCUUUGAGGACAACUCCGGAACUCGGGGAAAUUGGAAUGGUGUUUAUCGUAAUUCGACUAGUUGGGGAAGUAGAAGAUCGACUGUUCGAAAAUAUUAUCGUGAAAACCGAGAUUUCGCGUAUUGAAUUCUUGAAGCGUAUCGAGGCAGUAACAAAGAUUCCAAUCGUCCAUCAACAAAUUCAAUUACGUGGUGAAAAGCUUCCUGAUUCCCUUCAACCUCUUUUAUUAGCCAAGGAUUUUGAUGAAGUUGUAGUGAAACACGACGGACUUAAAACUUGGGCAGCUUGCUUGGUGAUUGCUGAUGGCAUGACGAAGAAAAAGGCUGACCAUUUGAAAUCGAAGCACGCGAAGCACGGGGUGCAGCUUCUAAACAAUUUGGAAAGCGCCAACUUUUUUGCGACGUAUCCAGGUUUCUAUGAAAGGAACAUUGACAUUUCCGACACAUUUGACCGCUACGUUAUUGGCAUUGAGGAGAAUAUCAAGUUGGCUGUGACGUCCUAUUUCAAGAACCAUUACAAGGAUGACCAACUGGCUGUGAAUUUUUUGCCCAAGCCGGAUACUGGUGCUCAGGGAGGAUUCAUUUGCCAGGUUGCAAAUGGUGAGUUCUUUGUCAAGAAUCACACAUUCAUGGGGCGUAGUUCGAACCAUUCCCGUGUUGAUCUUCGAGCACUUUUCGUGUACCGUGUGUUGCAUCUGAUGGGAGCUGGUGCUGAGCCGCAUUUUAUUGGGACUGCGUACUCAAAUGUGUACGUCUCCAAGUUAGCUCUGCACAUUGCAACCAAGAGAGUUCCUGGAUUCCAACGGCGGGCCAACCGUUCGACUUGCAAUUUCUCAGCCAACCACCAAAUGCAGCUGAAUCUCAUCCAGGAAAUAUUCUAUUUGUCCGAUCUAAACUCUGGGAACUUUGGCCUUGAUGAGCAACAGCGACUGUUCGUAGUGGAUUUUGUGGUUGCGCCGCCGAAAGACUGCGUUCAUCGAGCUUCAGUAUUUGACCAAUUCCGCGAGAACACUGAAACCUGCGAGGAGGCCUUGAGGAACUGGAAUUUGCUGGAGAACGUGAAUGCAACAAAUAGCAGCCUACUCGAUGAUCGCCAGCGACUGAACAGAAUCAUCUGGAGAGAUGGCUAUGACGAAUAUUUGGAAAAUGUUCUCAGGAAUGUCAAUCUUUUCCAGAAUUUGUUCUCACAA